AUGGAUGAUCUUGAGCAGGGGGUGGAGCAGGGCGUGGAGCCACGAACGACACUAUCGGUGCAGCUUGCAGGCAAUGAAGGAUUGUAUAAUCAAAAGUAUCGCCUCGUGGCUGGUCAAUGGGAGCUACACAAAGUGUGCGGUAAAUGCCGUGUACGCGGCAAGCGCAGCGUGAUCCUUGACAACGACACUUCUUUCCGAAUGCGUGCUAUUGCUCGCAAUAAGAUCUCCGAGGACGUGAGCUGA